UCUGUUCUAGUCUUCCGGCGAAUUCAUACGUACACAAUGUUCUUAAAGGUGGAGAUAUUUCUUGUCUGCAUCAGCACAGUGGCCUAUUCACAAGAAGACCUCAGAAAACAGUUGCAGCAAGCUGGUUACGAUGUUGUGAUUGACCGGGGAAGCUUCAGCACGGCCCGGCUAAGGGAAUCAGACCCAUGGGCCUAUCGUCAGGACAGGUAUGUAGAUGGCAGGACGCAAAUGAAGGUGAACGUCGGUGAAUCAUACGCACCACGACCGUACGAGUACGGGUAUCAGCUAGAUGACACGCAAGGCUCACAUGGCCAUAUUGAGAAGCGUGAUGAAUCGGGCCGCGUCGAAGGCGAAUACUCGAUCAAUCUAGGCGAUGGUAGGGUUCGUGUAGUGAGGUACGUCGCUGAUGAGAAUGGCUAUCGAGCUGACAUCUCGACAGACGAGCUGGGCACCGAAUCGAAGAACCCGAGCGACGUUUACAUAGGUUCGACUGCCAUCUCGGGAUAUGAAGCCGCUCUCAAAUACGGUCCAUUUGCACCCCCGCAUAUUGAGGUGCCCCUCGAACCACACCCACGUCCCGAAGCGCCGCGCGUAGUUAAACAGCAAGAAAUUGACACCCGAAAACUCCUGCUUCUGGCGCUGGUUAACGCGGUCGCGUGUCAGAAUCAGCUGCGACUUGACCAACAGCAGAUCGGGCAAGGGCGUCCAGGCCUUUACCGUUCGGCUGUUACCGCUGAAUCUUUACGGCCGUAUGAGUAUGGCUAUCAGCUGGACGACACGAAUGGCUCGCAUGGACACAUCGAGAAGCGGGACGAGCAAGGUCGAGUCGAGGGCGAAUAUUCAAUCAAUCUCGGCAAUGGUCGAAUUCGUGUAGUCAGAUAUGUAGCUGAUGAGAACGGCUAUAGGGCCGACGUCACCACAGAUGAACUCGGAACCGAGUCCAAGAACCCCAAUGAUGUUUACAUCGGAUCCACCGCAAUCUCGGGCUUCGAUGCCGCACUGAAGUAUGGUCCCUUUGCGCCGCCCCAUGUUGAACAGCCGCUCCUUGUUGCUGAACGUCCUCAGGUGCAGACGAUCAAUAGUCAGGUUGCCCUGCCCACGUACGGAACGUUUGCCGCACAUAACGGUUAGUCUGCAAUAAGCAGAUACUGUUGAACACUGCGUAAGUCAACAAAAUCAGCUUGACAGGCUUGUUCCAACGCAAAUCUCAUUUGCCCUUUCAACUAUAUUUAUAUGCGCGUUUGAUACAUGAUAGGAAAUAAACGAUGCUAGACGGAAAAAUACCAAA